CCCCGAAACCAACCAUUUCUUCCCUUCUCCACUCGAUCCUGUUAUUCACCGCAAUCCAACAUUUUUCUUGCUCACGGCCAACUAUCUACUACCUGAUUGUUCUCAAUGAAUGAUCCGGGGAAUCUCUCAGCUUCCAAGCGAACCCGGGCGCCCAUCGCGUGCCUGCGCUGCAAACGACGGAAAACCAAAUGCAAUGGGACGCGUCCAGUAUGCACGCCAUGUCAAAAGGCGAGAGCUUGUAUAUAUAUGCACCUUUGAAAUGAACCAUGUUUGUCCAGCUGACGACUGAAGCUUGCACCUGGGCAGGACUAAGCCGCAUGGGGGGCGAUAUGAGUGAAGAGUACGCCAGCCUGCUAGAAUAUACCCGAGGUUUGGAGAGCAAAGUCGCAGAGUUGGAAGGCCGUGCCCAGCACAACAUCGCCCCGGCGUCGGAACACCAAGUGACAUCGGUAACAGCCGAACUAUCAACCAAUGUGGCCCUACUAAGUAUGAAUGCCACGGCCGAACCUUUCUUUGUCGGCGCGACCGCGGGCUUUUCUCUAUCGAAAAUGGUGGAAGGGAUACUAUCUCAAUCACCCAUUCCACCCCCAGCGCUUGAAUCAAUCACUUCCUCAAAUACACAGGCUGACAACGAUGUUUGUCUGUCCACGAACAAUCAUAGUAGACCCGAUCCCCAGGUUGAGCGGAAGCUGGUGGACAUUUUCUUUAGCCGCGUUCACCCCCGGUACCCAUUUCUGGACAAGUUCAAUUUUGACGAAUUUUACCAUUCUUAUCAAGGGUCUAGAGAUAUGAGGAGUGUCGGCCCCUCCAAGCUGUUCCAGCUUCAUAUGGUGCUCGCAAUCAGUGCCCGCAUUAUGCAGCUUCAUCCAGAAAUGGGCGGGAACAUCAACCCGGAAUUUUACUAUUCAAACGCUACUCGGUACGCCGAUGAGGCACUCCAAGUUCCCGGGCUCGAGAGGGUUCAAUCUCUACUUCUACUAGCGUUGUACAUUCUUCGUACUCCAGGUAGUAUUUCUAGCUUGGGCGGCUGGCACAUCAUUGGAUUCGCGGUUCGGUAUGCAGUGGAAUUGGGAAUGCACCGUAACAUCAAAUGUGGCGGCCCACGAGCACAGGACCCAUAUCGCAUUGAGAUCCGGCGACGAGUCUUUUGGAGUGCUUAUGUCCUUGACCGUGCUGUAUCCUUGACUCUAGGACGUCCGUUCGCCCUGUCGGAAAAUGAUAUUGAUGUUGAUUUACCUUAUGCUCUGGAACAAAGCCCUGUCAACGGAAAGAAAAUCCAAUACAACGAGUCCUCUGCGGCACUUACCGAAACAAAAACCUCGAAUCUAUCCUCCUUCGUUCACUUAUGUCGGCUCAGGCGGUUGGAGAGCAGAAUCAAGCAGGAACUUUACAGUGCUAGUACCCCAACAACCAUGCAGGAUUACUCUUAUGAUGCGACAAUCGACUCUUAUCGACAGGAACUCCUCGAGUGGCUGAAUAACAUACCCUUUAAAUUUACAUCAGAUGGCCAGGUACAGGAAGGUUACUCUCUGUAUGACACCCCGGAGUUCUUCCGCAUACAAUACAGCAAAGCUUUGCGCAUGCUCCUACAACACCGAAUAACCCAUGUUUCCUCCGAGACAAACUCGUCCAAGGAUAAAGAGUAUCUAGCAUUAAGUGCUAGAGCCGCGGGAGAUAUUUGCCAAUAUUACAGAACUUUACACCAAAGAAGACCCUUAGGAUGGAACUUCCUCGCUCUGCAUUCUAUCUUCACAGCUGGUCUGACAUUGCUAUACUGUAUCUGGGCAGAGAGGGAGCAUGCAGACCUAGCUCGAUUCGAAGAUAUCCGCUCGUGUUCUAACGUUCUCUUUGCGAUCUCCGAACGAUGGCCGACGGCAACCAAGUUCCGUGACAUAUUUGAGGUCCUCGCUAAACGGAUGAUAGAUCUAGUGUCUUUGUCAUCUAUCCCUCACGGUGGUUUGGGCGAUACAUCCUUUCUACCGGAGGCCGGCAUUUCGCCUGCUAGGGCUCUACAAGAAUCGGCAGGGUAUCCGGCAAUGAAUCAAGACGACUUCUGGGCCAUGCUUGAUGAACUGGUGGAUGAUGACUAUAUCCGCAGUCAAUUUCAAUUGAACGGCGUGGAGAGCUCAUGGGGCCUUUUCGAUAGUUGACACGUCACGUGUCAGCUUUAUUAAUCCGUGAAGCUUUUCAACAUGUAUAAAAGCAGACGUACGGCACUGUAUUAUAGAACGGCAAAGUAUGUAUAUUAAGUCCUUGUACGAAAGUCGCAGCUUACAGUUGAACUCAUUUGCACUGGAUAUU